ACAUAAAUAUAGCAACAAUGUUUCUGUCUGUUUUUUAAACAUGUCUUGUGAAACGGAUGCAUCGAAUCCGCCAUGCAGAAUUGAAUGGGCAAGAGACAACGAUAUUUUAAGAUACGUACAAAGCAACAACUGGACGAAUGAAACAAGUGGGAGUUACCGUUCUAUUUCCAACGUGUUCUUCAAUGCCACUAAAGACAUGGCUGGUGGAACUAUUACAUGUUCAACAAGAUGCGAUCAUUUUCCAUCGCAUUUGAAUGCAAUCUAUGAAAUAACGUGUUCUGAAUCAACUGACAACUCUGCACCACAGGUAACCCAACAGUGGCAUAUGUCGGCCAUUUACGCCGUAGCUGGAACAAUUUUACUUCUACUUAUAGCAACGUUGACCUUUCGUCUAUUUAAGCGAUGCAAACCUCAUGUGUAUGCAACGCUUCUACGCCAAAGGACAAGUGCAGUUAGAGAGCCAGUUACACAUGUGUAUGAUACUGUCCAGUCUAAUAUUGAGCCAACUGCCUAUUACAAUCUGAAGAGAGUAGGGUCAGCAAGUGCUAUCGAGAUCACAAACGCACCUCAACAUUUGGAGAGUGAAGGAAACAGACGUUCAAGUGAAAAUGAAUGUCAUUAUGACUAUGUGGACACACCAUCCGAUCUCAGAGACAGUCAGACAAACAGGCCGAAUGCAAAUUAUCUUCACCCUUUAUAAAACUAUUUGUCGAUUGCAAAGACAGCUUUAGCUGUUACCCAUCACACUGGAUUCCGUUUCCUGAUUAUAAACCAGUUGUCCUUGUUGACAGACAAAUUAUCUCAUCCUACCCCUGGUAAAACAACAACACGGCCUCUUAGUUAGAGUUGGACACCUUAAUCGUUAAACCAUUUUCAUUCUGUUGUUUUCUCAAUUAUUCAUAUCAAAAAUAGUUUAUACGAAGCUGUGCUGAGAAUAACAACCUUGGAAAUGAUUCAGAUAAGAUAAAACAUUUGACAUGGUUGAGUAUCUACGGAAAUUGGCUUAACACUCUAAAGCUGCAUAUUUAAAAUGAAUGUAUGAAUGAAUGAUUGAAAUACAUUUUUUUAUUCUUUUCGGAAAGAUACGUGUGAGGAGGUUACGAAAUUGUAGUGAGGUUUAAGGUUGUACGCAUAGCUUCCCAUACUUGUAUCAGGUGAAGUUAAACUUUAGAAGUCUUUUGCAAAAACCUACUUUAGAUAUACUUGAAGACUCGCUGAUUUUAAUGUUACUCACUUCCUCGUGGCAUGUAAGAUGUGAUUCCAAACUUGUACAAUGUAUACAUAUAUUGAUGACGUGGUAGAUAGACAAGUAUCUAACAUGAACACGUACCUGUACACGAUGUGUUUCGCAAGCUCUUUAAUUAUUACACAGUGAGUUGUGGUGUUCAUGGCAAGAUGGUGUUGUCAAAAUAUAGGCAUACAUAAUAUUCAAUGUUAUAUGUCAUGUUAAUAACAUGUUAACCUAAUUAUUUACAAAUAUCGUUUCGUUUUCGAAAAGCGUGAAAACAAUUGAAGAAUGGUUGGUUAACCAUAUAAGCAUUUGCCUCCUCCUUUUUUGUACUAUUAUCAUAUCAUUGUUAAUUUAUUUCCCAUAUGAGUGCAUAGUUUCGUAAACUGUUCUUAGACGCGUUUUAUUAGUUAGAUGUAUAUGUACUGUUGUAUUGCACCU